CAUGGAGAUUAUAUGGUAGUUUAAGUUGGAUCUUAAAACAAUUGAUGAUUUAUGUGUUAGACCAUUGUCGUUAACACAAGCACUCUAGAAUAUGUUCUGGGAUAUUCAAGCUCGUUAUGGUGGAUCAAAUUAAUUAUAUGAAAGAUGA